GCGCAGCUCAGUGACGGGGCGCGAGCUCGCGAGCGCGGAGGAGGCCGGGGCCUGAGCCGGAGCCGGAGCGCGCGCCGCUGCCCAGCCCGGCCGCGCCGGCCCCGCAGAUGGUGACUCCGCGGCCCGCGCCCGCCCGGGGCCCCGCGCUCCUCCUCCUGCUGCUGCUGCUGGCCACUGCGCGCGGGCAGGAACAGGACCAGACCACCGACUGGAGGGCCACCCUCAAGACCAUCCGCAACGGCAUCCACAAGAUAGACACGUACCUCAACGCCGCGCUGGACCUGCUGGGCGGAGAGGACGGGCUCUGCCAGUACAAGUGCAGCGACGGAUCGAAGCCUAUUCCACGCUAUGGAUAUAAACCAUCUCCACCAAAUGGCUGUGGCUCUCCACUGUUUGGCGUUCAUCUGAACAUAGGCAUCCCUUCCCUGACCAAGUGCUGCAACCAGCACGACAGAUGCUAUGAGACCUGCGGGAAAGGCAAGAAUGACUGUGACGAGGAGUUCCAGUACUGCCUCUCCAAGAUCUGCAGAGACGUGCAGAAGACGCUCGGACUAGCUCAGAACGUCCAGGGUGAUAGAGGAGGGAGCUGAGUGAUGCCUGACACCUGCCUAGUGGUGACGACACAUCUUUACCCUGCAGCAUGUGAGACAACGGUGGAGCUCCUCUUUGACAGCGUCAUCCAUUUAGGCUGCAAGCCAUACCUGGACAGCCAGCGGGCUGCAUGCUGGUGCCGUUAUGAAGAAAAAACAGAUCUAUAAAGACCCUGACUGCUGGAGAGCAGGCAAAAAUGGAGGACCAUUCUUGCCAAAGAUCCGAUGCUUUAACAGCCUAAUGCUGCCUUAGUUUUGUGUCGACGGGUCACUUUGAGACCUUUCUAUACUGUGUCUUUUUUUAAAACCUCAAAGUGAAAACGGUGGGGGGCCAGGCAGAAACAGAGGGAAAGCAUGCUUGAGAUGGACAGUGAGCAGGACAUCAAGAGCAUGCCUUCCUGAGACUCGCUGUCUUGGUGGCUCCCCCAAACUGGGAAGAAAAGCUUAAGCCCGUGUGACUUGGUGUUCAUAGCUGUACUUAACAAUAAAAAUGAAAGCAAAUGUAAAAUUCAUUGUAAGGACUUUUCAGCAUUAUUUUAUUUUGAAAUACAGGCCAAUCUUCCCAUAGAACUAUUAUUUAUUUUGAAAUUUCAGAUGUACAUUUAUACUUGGAAAAACUAUUAUUUCUCCAUUUUAAUUAUAGAUAAUGUGUUGUUUCUCUGAAGCCCACUAAGAUAGGUAUAAAUAUGUUACCUACAACCACAAGGUUUCCAAGUGUGUAUCUCUUGUACAGUUGGAAUCACGGUUGAUACUUCUCUGGAGAGACACCCCAGGACAUCUGAGUAUUGGGAUGUGCACAGUAUUCAGGAGCCCAGCUUCCUAUCUCACAAACCGCUUAGAGUGAAUGUCAUUCCUCUUGUGCUGUGAGCUCUAGGAAUGACGGGUUUAACGGGCCAAGUCCAAGCUCUAUGAAUCUGUGCGCUAUAUGCUGCUGAGUUUGUGGUUACUCCCUCAUCCCCAUUUCCCAUCUUCUAUCCUGGAGUAGUGUUAAAAGUCUGACAUUUUCUAAUGGAGGUCUUAAUAAAAGCUAUUUACUUCUUGAUAA